AUGCGGCCGCGCGCGAUCGGACCCCGGCUCGGGCUCCGGCUCCUGGCGUUACUGCUGCAGCUGCCGCCGCGGCUGGCGCGCGCCCCGGAGCCCUCCGGGCAGGACUUGAGCCUGGGCGUGGACUGGCUGACGCGCUACGGCUACCUGCCGCCGCCCGACCCCGCGCAGGCCCAGCUUCAGAGUCCGGAGCAGCUGCGGGAUGCGAUCAAGGUCAUGCAGCGCUUCGCGGGGCUGCCGGAGACCGGCCUCCUGGACGCCCAGACAGUGGCCGCCAUGCACCGGCCGCGCUGCUCCCUGCCCGACGUGCUGGGCGUGGCAGGGCUGGUCAGGCGGCGCCGGCGAUAUGCCCUCAGUGGCAGCAUGUGGAAGAAGCGGACGCUGACCUGGAGGGUGCGAUCCUUCCCCCAGAGCGCCCCGCUGAGCCCGGAAACCGUGCGCGCCCUCAUGCAGUACGCCCUGGCCGCCUGGGGCGUCGAGUCAGGCCUCCGAUUCCAGGAGCUGAGGUCUCGGGACCCUGACCCUGACAUUCUCAUCGACUUUGCGCGGGCCUACCACCAGGACAGUUAUCCCUUUGACGGGCCGGGGGGCACCCUGGCCCAUGCCUUCUUCCCCGGGCAGCACCCCAUCUCGGGGGACACGCACUUCGACGAUGAGGAAGCCUGGACUUUUGGCUCAAAAGAUGGUGAGGGCACUGACCUGUUUGCCGUGGCUGUUCACGAGUUUGGCCACGCCCUGGGCCUGGCACACUCCUCGGCACCCGACUCCAUCAUGAGACCCUUCUACCAGGGCCCUGUGGGCGACCCCAGCAAGUACCGCCUGUCGCAGGAUGACCGCGACGGCCUGCAGCAGCUCUAUGGGAAAGGGCCCCAAACCCCACACGAGGAGCCCACGAGGAAGCCCCUGGCUCCUCCCCCCCAGCCCCCGGUUCUGCCCCCGGACAGCCCCUCCUCCCCCAUCCCCGACCGGUGUGAGGCCAAUUUCGAUGCUGUCGCCAACAUCAGGGGUGAAACCUUCUUCUUCAAAGGCCCCUGGUUCUGGCGUGUCCAGCCCUCAGGACAGCUGGUGUCUCCGCGGCCCGCCAGGCUGCACCGAUUCUGGGAGGGGCUGCCCAGCCAGGUCAGAGUCAUCCAGGCGGCCUACGCGCGCCACCCAGACGGCCGCAUCCUCCUCUUCAGUGGGCCCCAGUUCUGGGUGUUCAAGGACCGGCAGCUGGAGGGUGGGGCGCGGCCACUGACCGAGUUAGGGCUGCCCCCCGGGGAGCAGGUGGACGCCGUGUUCUCCUGGCCACUCAACGGGAGGACCUACCUGGUGCGCGGCCAGCAGUACUGGCGCUAUGACGAGGCGGCCGCCAGCCCGGACCCCGGCUACCCACGCGCCCUGAGUCUCUGGGAAGGGGCGCCUUCUGCCCCCGACGACGUCACUGUCAGCAACACAGGUGACACCUACUUCUUCAAGGGCGCCUACUACUGGCGCUUCGCCAAGGGCAGCGUUGUGGCCGAUCGGGACUCCCCCCGCCCCAUAGGGCCCAAGUGGCUGGACUGUCCCGCCCCCAGCGGUGACCCCCCAAAAGCAUCCCCCAAGCCUGGAGAUUGCAAUUGUCAGUGCGAGAUCAAUCAGGCCGCGGGGUCUCGGCGCCUGCCUCUCCUGCUGGCCCUUCUGUCCCUGCUGGUGGGGGGCGUCGUGUACGGACUUCCCGCGGAGGGACACCCCCAGGCCUGCACCCCCGCGCGGCCCCUGCACACACCACACCUCCAGCCCUGCAAGGUGCGGCUUCACCGGCUGCAGCCGCGCCGCCUCCGGAGCCUGCCGCCAGGGGGCGCCCCGGCUCUGGGCUGCCCCUUUCCUGGUGUGAAGGUGGCCACAACCAGCUCUCUCUCCCUCACUAAAUCCCCAAAUGACUCGGACACCAACCUGUUUGCUGUGCCUGUUCACGGGUUUGGCCACGUCCUGGGCCUGGCCCACUCCUCAGCACCUGACUCCAUCAUGAGACCUUUAUACCAGGGUCCCAUGGGUGACUCCAACCAGUACCACCUGUCCCAGGGAAAAGACCCCAACCCGCACACGAGGAGCCCACGAGGAAGACCCUGGCUCCUCCCCCCCAGCCCCUGGUUCUGCCCCCGGACAGCCCCUCCUCCCCCAUCCCUGACCGGUGUCGCCAACAUCAGGGGUGAAACCUUCUUCUUCAAAGGUGACACCUACUUCUUUAAGGGCGCCUACGGCUGGCGCUUCGCCACGGGCGGCGUCGCGGCCGAUCGGGACUCCCCCCGCCCCAUAGGGCCCAAGUGGCUGGACUGUCCCGCCCCCAGAGGUGACCCCAAAAAACGUCCCCCCAAGCCUGGAGAGUGCGAUUGUCAGUGCGAGAUCAAUCAGGCCGCGGGGUCUCGGCGCCUGCCUCUCCGGCUGCCCCUCCUGUCCCUGAGCGGGAAGCAACCUGAGCGCAGAAUCCCCCACCACUGGACUUCGCAGGCGGUGCGAGUAGCUUGCCUCUCCAUCGUGUGCUUCGGGGUUGAGGACUGGGGGCUCCGCGGAGGGGCGCCCCCAGGACGGCUGCACCGCGCCGGCCCUGCACACACACCCCUCCGGCUCCAGGGCGCAUCUCCGCUCCAGCGGCCGCGCGGCCUCGGGAUCCAGUCGCCAGGGGCGCGCGCGUUCAGGCACCGCGCGGACGCAGGUGUCUGGCGGAGGGCGGCCGCCAAGGGCACAGCGGACCGCGCGGAGUUCAGCCGGCUCCUCCCGGGCCCCCUCCCGCCUGGCAGCAGUGGCUGGCGGCUGUUCGGGCCGGAUCAGACUGGCUUGGCCGGGAAAAUUCAGCCCCUCUCCCCACCAGCUGCUCGGAGCUUCCGGCCACUGCCUUCUGGACUCCGAGCUAUCAUGGGCUACUCCAAGGAAAACCGUGUUGACCAGCCUGUGAGGACUGGAAUGGGCACACGCAAUGCUUGUGUGUGCAAGGGGGUCUACCUGCAGGAAAACUGUGUUGCCCAGCCGGUGCAGCCAAGCGUGGCAGAGCUAAAGGACGACUGGAAUGAGAGCCCGCUGGACUGGACGCCGCGGAAGAUCAAUAUCAGAGGAGCAGUCCGCUUUCCUGCCUGGGAAGGGGGCGUGCCCAAGAGCUUGGGAGGACACCACCUGCCACGCUCUACCCAGGACGUGGAUGAAGCCCAGCGUGUGCCUAGAGCCAGGCCCAGAAGCCAGCGGGCAUCAGCCAGAUACAGCCGCAGGCGCCAGGAGCCUCCAGCCAGCUCCCUCCAGUCUGCGGAGCCAUUGGAGGAUGUAGCUCCCUUACCUCCCCAAGUACAUCAGGACUCAUGUCACAGAAUUCGAAGGGCCCCUCGACCCCCGGAGAGCUGGGAGAGUGGGCAUUCGGAGGAGACCUUUGAGGCCCGGCUCCACAGAAAGCUUAAGGAGCUGAUGACGCAAAUGUUGAUGGUGUGGCAGGACGACCUGGCCGGCUUGAUGGCGGACAUGGCGGUGGCGGGGGCCGGGCUGUGGCCAGGACCACCUGCAAUGUGUUGA